GCCAAUCCUUUUCGAAUUUACAGCAAAUGUACGUCAGCUUUUGUUGUUCAGUUUUUUGACUACAAUAUACGUGCAAUAUACAGUGCAAGGAUUAACAAAAGAUCACCCCAAACUUUGCUCUUCAACUUUUAGUGCGAUUUCCUUCCAAUUUUGACAACAGAUUUUGGUUGCUGACAUAUGUUUACAGUCAAAUUAGCUUUGGAGUACUUUCAAAUUUACUGAAAAUUAAGGAAAUUGGGGUCAACGUAUUGCACAACUUUUUACAGUUUACUCAACGUCAAGCGUUUACAUAUAUUUCUGUCAACUUGCUGUCAGGGUGUAACGUGUUGCUAUGAGGAGAAAAUCUUUAUUUAGCUACAAUUUUGACGUCAAAUUCAAGGAAACUUUUGAUGAGCUACCCCAUCUGGGUUAACUACUAUUAUUAUUCCGACGAGUGUGUGAAUCGUGUAGAGUCCAAUGCGCAUAUAAACAAGCAUGGCUGCAUUUGCUUUUCUUGUUUUAAAAAAUGGUUUAUCAGUUAAUGGUAUCCGAAGUUUAUGGACUUCCAAGUUAUUGCUUGUGUCUCAGUCAUCCUUGGUUGAAGGACAGAAAAAAGAUGGAUUCAAAUUUAAAAGCGAGCAAGAAUAUGAAGAAAAUAUAAAAAUCAAAAUCUUAUCAGCAUCGCUGCCAUUUGUCAACGAAUUCGGAUGGAGUCGACAAACUAUUAGUGCUGGUGCGGAAGCGAUUGGAUAUCCUGGAAUAAUCCAUGGAUUGUUUCCGAAAGGUGGAAUAGAAUUAGUUCAAUACUUUUAUGCAAGUUGUAAUGCAGAGUUGAAUAAAAUUUUAAAAAUUGAGGCAUUGACGAUUGAAGAGAAUCUCACUAAAAAAAAAAAAUCUCCAGAAGUUUACAUAAAAAAUGCUUUGGAAAAACGAUUGAGAAUGCUGGUGCCAUAUAAAUCGACCUGGCCGCAAGCAAUUACUCUAAUGACACUUCCACCUAAUGUUCCGAUUGCAUUGGCUAAUAUCCUCACUUUGAUUGAUGAUAUAUGUUAUUAUGCUGGCGACAGAUCCGUUGAUUUUAAUUGGUAUACAAGAAGAAUCGUUCUCGCUGGAAUUUAUAAAACGACAGAGCUUUAUUUAAUCCAAGAUGAUAGUAAUGAUAAUAAAGAAACUUGGGAGUUUUUAGAACGAAGAAUAAAAGAUGCUCAUCAAAUUUACAGCUUACUCAAUGUAGCUUCUGACUUGCCACCACCCGAUCGAGUUAUCAAUCGUGCUACCGAGGCGACAACUGCAGUUUUUGUGACGGCACGAAAUAUACUUGGUUUAAAUUGGAAUAGGUAAGAAGGUCAAUGAAUAAAUAUAAUCUACUGUCAAUUGUGAUACUUGUAGUUAUUAAAAUUUUUAAUUGAUGAAAUCGUACCAAGAAACUUUGUUUUCCUGAAGAAUCUAGUGUAUUAUUGUUUUCUAACUGUGCUCAUGUGUUGUAGUAAUUAUCAGCGUACCUGAAUCGUCAAGAAAAACUAUUUAAUGCAUA